UUUUCUUCAUCGCUAUUUCAUUUUAUCUCAACGUAUUAUCGUCUACUUUUAUAUCGUUGUAAACGGAUCGUUUAAAGUGCCGCGCUGGCCAGUUUACUUGUUUGCCAACUGACUCAUUCGCCUUUAAUAAUCUUUCCGUGUAACUAUUUUUUCUAAUCAAUCUUCAAGUUACAUAGCGGCGGCAUGGAUCACAAUUCGUGGAAAACUUGAAAAGGCAAUAAAACGUGCCUUUGUGUUCAACGAUCCCGUUUCCAGCCCGUGAAAAAUCAACUUAUCAAAAUGACGCUGAGCUGCCACGUGCACUUUUUGGUUUGGGAACGAUGAUACGCAGACAAGAAGCCACGCCCCUACAAGUUGUAUACAAAUGCGGACUACAAGUACUUGAGGACGUCGGAAAAGACCUCACACACGGUUAUGUGACUCUUGGCAAGUGCUGACAUUCAAAUUAAUCGGUCCGAUUAGUAAGCAACACUCGGCGUAAUUAGGAACAUGACGUUUUUGGAGAUCUGGAUCCGCCAAUUUUGGCAAUCCGUUGUUAAAUGGAUCUUUCGCAUCUAUUACCAGCGAGUCGAUGACAAAUCGAAACGAAUUUCGUCCUAUUUGUCACCUCGGCCGACCAGCGUCAAUUACCAUUUUACCCGCCAAUGCAACUACAAGUGUGGAUUCUGUUUUCACACGGCCAAAUCGAGUUUCGUUUUACCUCUGGAAGAAGCCAUGCGGGGACUCCGGCUCCUCCAUGAAGCAGGAAUGGAAAAGAUCAACUUCUCGGGUGGAGAGCCGUUUAUUCAUCAGAAAGGUCGCUAUUUGGGCCAGCUUGUUCAAUUCUGCAAGCGGGAACUGGGACUGGCCAGCGUCAGUAUCGUCAGCAAUGGCAGUCUCAUCACCGAAGACUGGUUCAUUCGAUUCGGUGAAUAUCUCGACAUUUUGGCCGUUUCUUGCGACAGUUUUAAGGUCGAGACCAAUCAUUUGAUUGGCCGUCACCGGAAUGGCAACAAAAUUCAAACCGGUGACGAAGGAAGUGAACACCUGGAAAGUUUGGAACGGGUGAGAGGAUGGUGUCGGGAUUAUCGAGUCGCCUUCAAAAUCAAUUCCGUCAUUAAUGUACACAAUGUCGACGAGGACAUGAACAGUCAGAUCCAUCAACUGAAUCCCGUCCGUUGGAAAGUGUUCCAAUGUUUGCUCAUCGGCGGAGAAAAUCAAGGUGAGGAGGCUUUACGUAACGCGGAGAAAUUAGUUAUUUCAGAUCAACAGUUUGAGACUUUUCUACAGCGUCAUUCGGGCGUGGCUUGUUUGGUUCCCGAAUCCAAUAUCAAAAUGCGCAAUUCUUAUUUGAUUUUGGACGAGAGGAUGAGAUUCCUUGAUUGUACAAACGGGCAAAAGACUCCAUCGCCGUCCCUGCUGGACGUCGGUGUGGAAGCGGCCAUCCACUGGAGUGGUUUUGACGAAGAAAUGUUCUUCCAGCGUGGAGGCAAAUAUACUUGGAGUAAGUCCGAUAUGUCUCCAUCUCUGUUAGAGUGGUGAAAUCGAUGAUAUCGUAAACGUCUGACACUUGACAAAUUUCCACUCAGCCAAAGAUUUUUCUUUUAAAAAAGAAUGUGUACCUCUUUCUUUUCUAAGAAAUACAAAAUGACUGCAAUCGUA